AUGCCUCACUUUGUGCCUUUGGCCCACUGGCAGUUGGUGGGAUGGGUGUUUGGAAUACUUGGAUUGGUCUUCACAUUUGUGACCCCGGGAGUAAACCAAUGGAGGGUGUGGCACGUGGAAGACCGGUCUGUUAUCACCUCAGGACUGGCCUGGGUUGGAAUUUGGAGAGCCUGUUUCUACAGUCACGUCACGAGCUCGGCAGAGUCCUGCAGAGCCUUCAGUAUCGCCGACUCUUUUGUUCCUGUGGAGAUAGCUGUAGCCCAGGUACUCACCAUGAUAGCAAUUUUCAUUGGAAUAGCUGCGAAUAUUACUGCUGGAUAUGCCCUCAGGUUUAUUUACUUUGGGGUUGACAAGGGACGCAUUGGACACAUUAAACUGGCCUUCUCAUUGGCUGGCUUCUUAUACUUACUCACAGCAACGUUUUCUAUAGUGCCUCUCUUCUGGAACAUGAGUUCUGUGCUGACUAAUAGUAGCAUUGCAUUCCCACCAGAGUACUACCUCCCCCAUGCCCCAGCAAAACAGGAAGUGGGAGCAGGCAUUGGUAUAGGGAUUGGUGCCUCCAUCCUACUAAUUAUAAGUGGGUUGCUCUUCCUGUCUGACAGAUAUCCAAUCAACACCAAGAAUGCUAGAACUGAUACUGUUGGUAAGGAACAAGGGUAUUUAGAUGACCCAGGGACUGGUACCGCUCUGGACAUUAUUGCAGAGGCUGGAGAGGACGAGAAGUAUGGGGGUAUUGAUAACCCAGCCUUCCAAGCUUCUGAAAACCUUGAGACAGAAAAUCCUGAUGUUCUGUAA